UGCUGAGACAAGACCACCUCAUUCCUCUGCUGCUUUUCAGACAGGACUGUCCUGCCGACCCACCAUGAUCCAGGCUGCACUGUUCCUUGGCUGUAUCUUACUGUCCUCGGUGACCGCCUUUCCAUGGAAGACUCAGGAUGGUGGCCUGCCCCAUCAGCCAGCUGGCACAGAAACUGAGCCUACACAACUGCUCUACAGCAAGAGUCCUCCUCCGACCUCCAGUACCUGUCGGAACCUCCUAAGCAUGGCGCCCCUGCCCCCUGUAGCUCCUCUGUCUGAGUCCUUGUCCCUCUUAGCACUGAGAGUUGUCCUGGAAAACAUCGGCUGCCCUGCUGAGGCCUACUCUCUACAGCUUCAGCUCAGGGAAAUGGGAGGAAAAGACAGCACAGAAACUCUGAUUCUCGAGAGUCAAAAGCAUAGCCAGGAGGAAGGCAUUGGCAAUAAUGAAGCCAUUCUGAGGCAUCUGGUAGCAUCCCCUGGAGAAAUAAAGAGGGUCGAGCGCUCAGUUACUGUGCCUGAGGCAUGCACCUCUGAACAGGGGUGGGUGUUGCGUGAGUUGGCACAGCUGCUGGUUGAGGUGGCUGAGAAGCUCCCUUCCAUUGACCUGGUAAGAGAGUUCAAGGCUUCUGCAGUCAAUGCCACCCAGCAGUGUACCAUGGAGUCUUGGGAACAUAUGAAUGAAGUAGGCAAGAGGCUGAUAAGUAACCCAGAAAUUGAAAAUGCCACAAUACCCAUAGAAGAUCGCGUAUACUUGAUUUCACGGCUGACAGUCCUUCUGAAGCGCGUUUUCAUGAGCUUUUUGAGGAACUUUUUUCAGACCUAUUUUGGAUAGAUAAGGCCUUCCAGGCAUGGCGUGAACUUUCUCACAACAUGCCCUUUAGUAGAUACACACACAGCAACUGCCCAGGGUGUGUAGCUAGAUGCUAGCUACAUUUUGGGAUUGAUCGAUCGAUACAUUGUCUUCCUUUGAUCCUAAUGUGUGAAGACGCUUGACUGCAAUCUUUCAGUUUUUAAAUGCUAUGGUAUUACAAUUUCCCUCUCUACCUGCUUAACAUUUUCUAAUUCCCCAGCUGAAUUCUGCACCUUGGUCAUGUUCAUCUUCAUUUGUUUUGGAAUAUUAAGGGGAAGAAGGUUUGUUUUGUUUUGUUCUUGAGACAGGAUCUGACCGGGUAACAAUGGAACUCAGAGAUUCACCUGCCUUUGCCUCCAAGUGCUGAGAUUAAAGGUAUAUGCCACCA